AUGAAGACCAUUCUCAGCAAUCAGACUGUGGACAUCCCGGAAAAUGUGGACAUCACCCUGAAGGGGCGCACUGUGAUUGUGAAGGGCCCCAGAGGCACCCUGCGGAGGGACUUCAACCACAUCAAUGUGGAGCUCAGUCUCCUCGGAAAGAAGAAGAAGAGGCUCCGGGUUGACAAAUGGUGGGGAAAUAGAAAGGAACUGGCUACAGUUCGUACCAUCUGCAGUCAUGUACAGAACAUGAUCAAGGGUGUUACACUGGGCUUCCGUUACAAGAUGAGGUCUGUGUACGCUCACUUUCCCAUCAACGUCGUCAUUCAGGAGAAUGGUUCUCUUGUUGAAAUUAGGAAUUUCUUGGGCGAAAAAUACAUCCGCAGAGUUCGGAUGAGGUCAGGUGUUGCUUGUUCAGUAUCUCAAGCCCAGAAAGAUGAGUUGAUUCUUGAAGGAAAUGAUAUUGAACUUGUAUCAAAUUCAGCUGCUUUGAUUCAGCAAGCCACAACAGUUAAAAACAAGGAUAUCAGAAAAUUUUUGGAUGGUAUCUAUGUUUCUGAAAAGGGAACAGUUCAGCAGGCUGAUGAAUAA